AUGGUCUUCUCAUCGUCGUCUGUGUUCGACAACCUCCCGGAAAGACCACCCACGCCUCCGCGAGACGUUUCAAAGGAUGUAGACGACGCGAUUAGCUUCUUGGAUGACAGCAACGAGAUUGACCGCGCUCUAAAGGUCGUGCUCCCGCAUAAGACCUCGUUCCGGUCAUCUACUCCCAUCACAUCUCCGGCUCCCAAGGAGUGUUCGGCGAGCGGAAACGCUACGAAGAAAGUAGACUUUACGCCGACUCCGACAUACCAUCCUAUAGCACGGACCGGGCAGCUGAGUUCGCCCUCGGCUCAGCUGAGGAAGAAGGCACCAUCAGAUAGAGAUGCGAGACCUACCAGAUCGAUUCUGAAGCAGUCGAGCCAUCCGCCGCCACUUACGCCAGACGAUCUCGAAAUACGAGUGGCCUACUUUUCUCCGCAGGUACCUGGAAGCUUUGCGAAGAUGCUGCAAUCUGUGAUUCAACAGCUUGCCGGCCCUUCUGUGAGCAGUCGCCUGGACGCCUACCUGGCACUCAAUGGCGCACUACAGGCUUAUGAAACAGUGCCGGACGUGCGUGCCAUGGUGGCGAAGAUGAGCGUGUUGUUACAAUUCAUCACCCGCGACCUCGCAUGGAAGGGUGAUAAUGGAGCACUUGAUGUCAACAUGGCCACUCAAGCAUUCAAGCUCACUGCCAAUAUCAUGUCUGACGCGACGUUAUCUGCCGGUCUGGAUGACGACUUCCAGACAUUCUUGCUGGAUCGCUCACUCGCGGUCAUCGAACAAGCGGAUAUGCCGAAAGCGCUGAUCAAGAAUCAUAUGUACCUGUUAGCGCACCAACGAUUUCGGACACCGGCGAUGACAACAAGCCGCGGUGACCGAAUCCUCACUGCUCUGCUCACUGUGGAGGAGAGAUGCACUGGUAAUAAUGUCGUCACCACAAGACUUAUCGUUUACCAGCGGCUGCUAGAGCGUGUACCCGCUGUGAUGCAUCAGCGUAUGCGCGAAUGGCUCGAGCAUGUUAUACACGGUAUGCUCAGCACCAUCAAAGACGUCAGGAUCCGAGCGAUAGAGACAUGCACGAAGGCAGGGCUCAUUUUGGGCACGCAGCCAUUAGCAGCCAAGUGUGUAAUCGAGCUCUUCGCGGUUGAAGUGGAGGCCGGCCAAACAUUCUACGACUACGUCGAAGCACAACUACGACAGAUGGUGUCCGACAAGGAGCUCGGCGCUUAUGUCCCUCAAAUCUGGUCCUCCAUCACUCUUCUGUUCCGUAGCAAGCGCUCACCUAUCGACAAAUGGGCCAGGCUGAAGGUGUGGCUUGGCAUCGUUCAACGGUGUCUCAACGCGAGUGACAUACUGAUCAGGUAUCAAGGCUAUCUAGCCUGGAAUAAAUUUGUUUUUGCAGUCAUGCCAGAUGCUAGCACCUCGUCCAGUAUGUUAAGGAUGCUGAAGGUGCCGAUCGAAUCGGGUCUAGACAGGCGUGGUAAGUAUGUGCAUGCGAAACAGAUCCACCAAUAUGCGCUCGAAUCCUUCUAUAACGUCCUACAUUACGUCUUGCGACCUGGCCUGACAUACCAGGAACUGGACACCGCUUGGGACGACGUGGUCACACCAAUGCUGGGCUACAUGAUAGCACGGAAGGACAAAGGCCAACGAUUAGCCUGCAGCAUCGUCCAUGGGGUAUGCACAACUAGUUCAGGUACGUGGAAUGUGGAUGCCGCAAUGGAGGCAUCGCCCAUCCUACCAAAGGAUCUUCCAAAGCUGGAUCCCAAGUGGGUACGUACCAGGCUCGGAAAGAUCCUGCAACUCAUGGAACCAGUAUUACGCGCAUCCUACUGGAGCUCGGGAUACAAUAGUGCCGCCAUCAAUAGCACUUGGCAUGCGCUUAUGCUUUCGGUGGCCGAAGCUGGGCGGCAGGAGAUCAAGACAUCACCAGAUCUCAAAGAAGCCAUUGCCCUUUUGGUCAACCUGUGCCGGUUCCCAUGGUCCCAGCCACCGGCUGAGGUCAAUGCGAGUGAGUUGCGCUUUGAUCUUCCGCAAUACACUGCCGUCGUCAAGGUGAUGGUCGAAAGCAUUGGGCCUAGUGCGUUCAGUGAGGACAUCUUGCUUCGAACGCGCGAGGACGAGAUAAAGGUCGCAUCAACGCCAUCUCAUCGCCACAGCAAGCACCAUGCCACCCCUCAGUCACCACUCUUGGUUUUGUUCGGAGCGCUCUACGACUCUGGACUGCGAAUCGACCAUGACGAGCAGCUGCGCGAUCUUGCAGCGGCGUUGCUGGAGCUGUCGGUCUCUUCUCGGUCGCAACCUCAGACAAAAAUCGAGCUUCUUGCACGAUCAAUGCAGAAUUGGAGCAAGGACUUUGCCACGAACGCUGAUCGGGCCCGAAAUGCAUUUCUGUGGCAAUCCAUUAGUAGCUGCGCGACCGACACCCUGCAGCUCCCGCAUAUGACCAACGACAGCUCGCAGACUGUUGGCUUGGAGCUGCGUCACGGCCUGACGAUACUAACAGAAGGCUUUCAUCAUGCCGGCUUCGCCUUCUGCAUCGAGGCCAGCAUUGAACAGUUGUAUGAUGCUAUGAUACCUAUUGCACGUACUACGGCAGGUGCUGCUGGUAUUGUCUCUGCAGUCCUCGAGCCAUUGGCGAGAAUUCUGCCUGAGCACCUAAGUGCCAUCCCAGCAGCUGCACGGCUGCGCUUGACUUCGCGGCUUCUGGUCUCCGCGCCAUGGCCACGUAGUAGGCAGGAGCUCGACCAAGCGAAAAAGUCUUUGUGGGGCGUCGGUCCCGCGCCACACAAGGCGACAAGCUUUGAUCCCUACGAGCACUUCUAUGCAAUCCUUGCAGAUGCCCUCAUCUAUGGCUACGAUACUCUUUGCCAAGAUGUACCAUUCCUCGAUACGCAUAACAUGAUUAGCGAAGCCUUGUCGUUCCUGAAGCGAUGCCCUCUGCCAUUGCUUGCAGCUGCCAUCGGCAAGGUGCAAGAUGGUUUCUGCCGCUGGCUUGUGGACAUUGAUAGGAAGACGGGGGACAGCAAGGAAGUUAUCAAUAUGCUCCCGGACACCGCUCGAGAACUCAUCGGCCUGAUUUGUGCCGUGCCCUCCCAUGACAGCACUUUGAUACAGGUCCUCGAGCCUCUGCUAGUGGCCUUGUUCUCUUGCCCUCACAAAGCUGUUGUCAACAAGACGAUAGAUUUCUGGAACCAGACUUUCGGCAUGCAGGAGGAGCUCCGAUACCCCGAUCGGGUCGCGCAAGUGCUUGAUGCCAGGCGUGCAGAGGCCGAACUGUUCCUCCCAACAUUCCCUGAGCUGACUCCGGAUGUGACCACAUUCCCGCUGCAACCGUUCUACGAAUCACAGCCAGACCAAAGUACAGGCUCCUUUCCUGCGAUCGGACCUGUGCCACAACCCACGUGGCCAACAUCGAUUACCUCUCUCGAACCGACACGAGCGCUUUCUGGCUCGGGCGCCCGAGUCUCCAAGACCCCGAAUCCAACGCCAAAGGCUCGACUUCGACAUGACGACUCGCAGAUUGUGUUUGCGCCUGUAGAGCAGGCUGAUACUACAGGCGUGGCCGUCUCGCAGCUCACCAAUCGUCAACAAGAGAUCAAAACAAGGCAGCUUGAGACCGCUCAGAUGUUUUCGAACAUGUCUUCAAGCCCCAUAACAAUCGCGAGGACUACAAAUGACGGCGCUCCUCAAAGACUGGACUUCGCGACUAGGAGCCGCGAGGUGCUUACUGGUACACCGGAGCGCCUUCCAAACAGCGAUGGCCUCCUGAGUGAUGAUCUGCCUUCCUCGCCUACACCUUCUUCGAACAAAGACACUGUAUACACACAGUCUGUGAUCGUGGCAUAUGAACUGAAUGCGGAGGCUGAUCUAGACCCACCAUCUUCACCACCGGGAUCGGCCGAUGAGCACCUAGAUAUGACGGCAUCGAAAAUGGGAGAGCAAGACCUAGAGAGCGGUGCCGAAGACGACAUCCAGGCUGUCCCAAAUUCGGCACCUGCAGACUUGGAACCUGCUGACAAUCCCAUCGAUUCCGACUUGCCGUCUGAUACUCUACUUCCCGGUCAACAGCUCCUGUUUGAAGCUGAUCAGGCCGCGGAUGAUGUGACGGAGCCAAAAAGAGUGGACGAGACCACGAUUGGCACAACGUUUGUCAACACAGAAGCCGAGCAUUCAUCGCUUAUGAGCUAUCACACGCAAGAACCCAUUAUUCUUGACGACGGCCAUUUUACCGUUGCCGAUAUCACUCGUGUUGAAGACUCUUUCGUCGAGGCGCCACCAUCGGACGAAUUGGAAGCCUCGCAUGAAAAGGAUGUCCUCGCAGCCACCAGCGAGCGCACCAACAAGAAGCGCAAGCGGUCUUCUAACAAAGGUUCUGCGUCCAAGAAGCGAAAACAGCAGUCGAAGUCUCCUCUAGGGGCCAUCACGGGGUUUUUCAAGACCUGGGUGAGCAGCCAGCCAGAAGAGGACACUGACAUUGAGGACGAGAUAGUUGUUGCUUCUAGUCAGCCACCUUCUUCACCGCCGCAGCCGAACGAGCCUGUGAAGGCGCCCUCCCCUGUCGUGGAGAUCCCCGUAACCAGCGCUACGAGACCAUCAGGCAAUCGCCACCGUGGCAGGCCAACAAAGUCUGUGACCCCGACACCUGUUCCAGGCACUUCACGAGACUGGCGGCAGCGGUCACUAAAGCGAAAAGCUUCGGACGUGGAGGACUCGAGUGCUGCAGAGACAACAACGAGCGUGAUCGAGGCCACGCCAGCACCUGGUCAAGGCCGUAAGCAACGCGAGGGGACUGACAUGAAACUCGUGAAGGCUGCUCGACUUUCGCAGAACCAGUCGGAUGUUAGACGCUCGACGAGGAGGACGGUGGCUGUAGCAGGCGAAGGGGUCGACGUGGAAGAACCUGUGGAGUUUGCACUUUCAGCGCACAACCAAGAGGAGGAUGACAUCACCAGUAUAGAACGACUAAUAGCAACGCCUCGGAGUGUUCUGAAACAUCUGAGGAGCAUACUUGCAGUACUACCGGGCAUGAAUUUUACAGCGCUGCAGGAGCGAGAGGCGGAUGACCUGCUGUACGAGACCAGGAGGGCCGUGCAUGAUGCUGGUAGGCGUGGAAGGGACUGA